GGGACACACUUGAUAAAGACAGAUUUCUGAACAGAAAUUUAUAGCAGAUUCAGAAGACACAAAGAUAGAGUAUCCCAGUUGCCAGCUAUUUUCCAAGAACAAAAGAAAAUGAUCCACUCCCAGGACCAUGUUAUUACAGAAAUCCCUGACACUGGAGGAUGUGGUUGUGGAGUUCACCUGGGAGGAAUGGCAGCUCCUGGAUCCCGCUCAGAAGGACUUGUACCAGGAUGUGAUGUUGGAGAACUAUAGAAACUUGGUGUCACUGGGGUAUCAAGCUAGCAAACCAGAUACACUCUCCAAGUUGGAACAAGGAGAACCACCAUGGACAAUAGAAGAUAAAAUCCACUGUGAAGGCCCUUCAGAAAUCUGGAAAGUUGGGGGUCAUCUGCCAGAACAUUUACAAAGUGAAAGCCUAGUGAACAGAAUGGAACAUAAUGCAUUUGAAAAUAUUGUUCAUCAGAGCAAAAGCCAGUUUCUCUUAAGGCAAAAUCAUAUUUUUGACUUACAUGAAAAAAGUAUGAAAUCAAAUCUAACUUUAGUUAAUCAGAGCAAAAGUUAUGAAAUAAAGAACUCUGCUGAGUUGACCAGAAAUAGGGAAUCUUUUCUCCAUGUUAACCAUAAACAAUUUCAUACUGAAAUUAAAUUCCCCGCAAGUGAAAAACUCAUCAACACUAAGUCCCAAUUCAUCAGUCCCAAGAAUCAGAAAACUCGAAAAAUAGAGAAGCCUCACAUAUGCAGUGAAUGUGGGAAAGCCUUCAUCAAGAAGUCUUGGCUCACUGAUCACCAAAUCAUUCAUACAGGAGAGAAACCCCACAGAUGUAGUCUGUGUGGGAAAGCCUUCUCCAGAAAGUUCAUGCUCACUGAACAUCAGAGAAUUCACACAGGAGAAAAACCUUACGAAUGCACUGAAUGUGGCAAAGCCUUUCUCAAUAAAUCACGGCUCAACAUACAUCAGAGGACGCACACAGGAGAAAAACCCUAUAUAUGCAGUGAAUGUGGAAAGGGCUUCAUCCAGAAAGGAAAUCUUAUCGUACAUCAGCGAAUUCACACAGGUGAGAAACCUUACAUAUGUAAUGAAUGUGGAAAAGGCUUCAUUCAGAAAACAUGCCUCAUAGCACAUCAGAGAUUUCACACAGGAAAGACGCCCUUUGUGUGCAGUGAAUGUGGAAAAUUCUGUUCUCAGAGGUCAGGUCUCAUUAUACAUCAAAGAAUUCACACAGGAGAGAAACCCUUUGAAUGCAGUGAAUGUGGAAAAGCCUUUACCACAAAGGAAAAGCUUGUUGUCCAUCAAAGAACUCAUACAGGAGAGAGGCCCUAUGGCUGCGAUGAAUGUGGGAAAGCUUUUGCAUAUAUGUCUUGCCUUGCGAAGCAUAAGAGAAUACACACAAGGGAGAAAUGGGAAGGUUCAAUCAAGGUGGAAAAUCCUCCUGCAGAAAGUCACAGUUCAUUCCAUACCAGCGAUGUCAUGCAGGAGAAAAACUCUGCUAAUACAGUGACGUCACAAGUGCUUUCUGUGGCCCCUCAGACAUCAUUAAACAUCAGUGACCUCUUGGCAAACAGGAACGUAGUCCUUGUGGGGCAGCCUGUGGCCAGAUGUGCACCCUCAGGAGAUAACAGAGGAUUUGCACAGGAGAGAAACCUUGCGAAUAUAGUGAAUGUGGUUGUGCCUUCAGUGGUCAAUUAUGUCUUAUUUUAUGUCUCAGAAAACCCAUAGAAAGAAAACCCAGAUAUAAGAUAUAGUCUAUCUGGAAAAGGACUGAGCAAACAUAUCUAGUUCAUUAUAUGGAUGA